AUGUCGAUGCUAUUGGUUCUUGAAGAAGCAGGUGAUACCAGUCUGGCCAAGCUUAAGACGCUGAGAGUUUUCUGGAGGAUCCAAGCCCAGACUAAGCCUACCUCGGUUAGCCUCUCCAAUAAUCGGGCAUCUUCCGCUUCGCGAACUCAAUUCAGCAACAAUAGGCACUACUUGGGUGCAGUAACAGGAACCAACUACCGCAAGCACGGAGUAGCAUUUAUCAACGAUAUCCGACGACCUGAACAAGGCGUCGUGCUUCUCCGUCAUAAAUACAGCCGCUAUAGCAAAUUGGUCACUCCUGGCGUCUUUAUGGGUGCCUCCUUUCAAUCCUCUCGUUCUUUGCGUGCCUCUCCGAGCGAUAUGAAUCUAGCGAAACUUCCUAGUACUUUAAAUAUUUACAUGGGAGGUGACAUGCACACUAUCUCGCAGGACUGGCUUACAGUGAACAUAUAG